AUGAAGAACUUUCGGGUCAUCGGACCAGACGUUGUCGCUCCCGACAAUCAGUGGCCGGUCAUACCGCCCACUCCCGGCUUUGAGACUUUGGUCGAGAAGAAAGAGGAGGGGAGUAUUCUUUACUUCCUUCCCGGGACGCAUGUGGUCGUGCCUACGGGCACAGGGAGAAUUUACCGACCAAUCGAGGUCACUGGAGUGCGUCCAAUGAUGUGGAACCACCAUACCCGGGAGGUUCUCAUGCAACAGCCACUCCCCCUUCUUUACGGGGCUCCUUUGGCUGAUUGCCUUAUCGUGUCGAUUCGGCCAGAUGCAGAGUAUGAGGAGCGCGAGGCUGCUGCUCGCCAGCAGGCCGAGCGCCGGGCUGCUUCUCGUCGGGAGACUAAUCGUCGGGCUCUCGAGCGGGCUCGUGCACGCCAGGCUGCAGCUCAGGCUAUUGCCACCGCUCCUCUCGCCGCUGCCUCUCCUGCCGUCGCUCGUCCUGCCGCUGCUCCUCUCGUCCCUGUCCCUGUCGCCGCUGUUCCUCUCGCCCCUGCUCCUCUCGCUCUUGUCCUUCCCGCCGCUGCUCCUUUCGUUCCUAUCCCUGUCGCUGCUGCUCCUCUGGCUCCUGCUCCCGUCGCCGCUGCUCUUGUUGCUCCCGCGGAUGAUGCCCCUAUGAGGCACGGUGCGCCUGUCAUGGACGACUGGGAGUUUUGGAAUCAGUUUAUGACUGAUGAAGUCAUGGAUGACUGGUGUCGGCAGGAGGCCGAGGCAAAGGGGCAAGAGAUCCCAACCAUAUUCCUGGAUUGA